CUUUCAGCGCUCGAAACCGAAAUUUGAAAGCGGGAGGAGGUUGUACGCAAUAAAAUAUAUUUGCAGUGAGAUUAACUGUGAGAACACGGGCCAUACUUGUAAAACAGGUUAUUUGUAAACCUUAAUGUGCGCCUUUAUGGUGAUGGGAGACGAAUACUGCAGCCUCCUGGCUGGCUAGCUAACUAGCUAAGACUCCAGUAUUCCGUGAGCCUAUAGCUUGCUAGCAAGCUAUUAAAAAAAAACAAAUAGCUAGAUCAAGAUAGCUAGCUCGUUCAAGAGCUGUCGCUGACAGUUGUGUUUUGCGAUUCAGACAUUCAUCUUUGGAGCAGAAACCUUAUAGACGUCGGAGCCCUUGUGCAUUUAAGUCAUUUUAAAGCCUUGUUCUGGGUUUGGAGUGGACUGUGUUGGAGCGAAUGAGACAGUUCACCUGUCUUGCCAGCUAAGUAACACGAACCACAGCCAUGAUGAAAAGGAGAGGGGAGCAGGGAGACGCUCACAAGAGGAAGAAGAAGCGCUGUGAGGAGCCCAGCUCUGAGGACGAUGACGAGUCCCUCCAGGCGACCAGCCAGGACUCUAGUCAGAGUGACUCUUUCAGUGACACCGAAGACCAGAGACCGGCAUUCUCCAUGGGGUCCCAGCAUGCACCACAGACAGGAGCAUCCCAGGAGAGCUCCUCCAAUAAGUUUUCCAUCUACAACAGUGUGUCACAGAAACUAAUGGCCAAGAUGGGUUUCCGGGAAGGGGAGGGGCUGGGGAAGUUUGGCCAGGGGCGGCGGGAGAUUGUGGAGGCGUCGACCCAGCGUGGCCGAAGGGGCCUGGGCCUCACGCUGCAGGGCUUCCAGGGAGAGCUCAACGUGGACUGGCGGGACGAGCCAGAGGCCAGUGCGAUCGAGCAGGUGCAGUGGUUCCCAGAGUGCUCCACGGAGAUCCCAGAUAACGAAGAACUGAGGGACUGGAUGACGGUGGGAAAGAGGAAAAUGAAGAUUGAGGAUGAGACCGAGUUUUGCAGUGAGGAUCUGUUACACAGCCUGCUGCGGUGCAAGACUGUCUUUGAUGACCUGGAGGGGGAGGAGAUGCGUCGCGCCCGGACCCGGUCCAACCCUUAUGAGACCAUCCGGGGGGCCUUCUUCCUCAACAGAGCCGCCAUGAAGAUGGCCAACAUCGACCACGUCUUUGACUACAUGUUCUCCAACCCAAAAGAUUCCCAGGGGAAGCCACUGACGCGGGAGCGGGACGGGGAGCUGCUGUAUUUCGGGGACGUGUGCGCGGGUCCCGGGGGCUUCUCCGAGUACAUCCUGUGGCGCCGGCGGUGGCACGCGAAGGGAUUCGGCAUGACGCUGCGGGGCCCAAACGACUUCAAGCUGGAGGACUUCUACGCCGCUCCCAGCGAGCUGUUCGAACCUUACUACGGAGAGGCAGGGGUGGAAGGAGACGGAGACAUCACCCGCCCGGAAAACAUCAGCGCGUUCCGGAACUUCGUCCUUGAGAGCACAGAACGUCGAGGGCUGCACUUCCUCAUGGCCGAUGGGGGCUUCUCAGUGGAGGGACAGGAGAACAUCCAAGAAAUCCUUAGCAAACAGUUAUUGCUGUGUCAGUUCCUUACAGCACUCUCUGUCGUCAGGACAGGUGGUCACUUUGUGUGCAAGACCUUCGACUUGUUCACUCCUUUUAGUGUGGGUCUGGUUUACCUGCUCUACCUCUGCUUCGAGCGAGUCUCCCUCUUCAAACCCGUAACCAGCAGGCCUGCCAACUCAGAGAGAUAUGUGGUGUGCCGGGGCCUCAAGCCUGGCUCGGACGCAGUGAGGGACUAUCUGUUCACCGUCAACCUGAAGCUCAACCAGCUGAGAAACACAGAUGCAGACGUCAAUGAGGUGGUGCCACUAGACAUCAUCAAAGGAGACACGGAUUUCUUUCAGCACAUGGUCACCUCUAACGAGAGUCACUGUGCAGUCCAGAUAAAGGCCCUGGCUAAAAUUCAUGCCUUCGUCCUGGACACGACUCUAUCAGAGCCCAAGCAGGCGGAUAUUCGUAAGGAGUGUCUGAAAUUGUGGGGGAUCCCUGAUAAGGCCAGAGUGACUCCUGCUUCCUCCGACCCCAAAACCAAAUUCAAUGAGCUAAUGAAGGGCUCGGAUAUCGAGUCGUUCAACUCCAAGCCCACCCCGCUGAGCUCCAGCACGCUGGACAAGGUGCACCAUGUUCUGGACUACCGCUGCAUCGUGGGCGGGGGAGAGCAGCUCUUCCUGCUGGGCCUAGGGAAAUCUCAGAUCUAUACGUGGGACGGCAAGUCGCCCCUGCGCUGGAAGAAACUGGAAAAUUUGAAAACGGAGCUGCCCAGAGACACCCUGUUGAGUGUGGAGAUCGUGCAGGAGCUCAAGGGAGAGGGCAAGGCUCAACGCAGGAUCAAUGCCGUGCACGUCCUGGAUGCUCUGGUGUUGAACGGGACUGAUGUCCGAGACCAGCACUUCAACCAGCGAAUCCAGAUGGCAGAGAAGUUUGUGAGAGCUGUGUCCAAACCCAGUCGCCCCGACAUGAACCCAAUCAGAGUAAAAGAAGUGUACAGACUGGAGGAGAUGGAAAAGAUCUUUGUGAGGCUGGAAAUGAAGGUGACAAAGAGCUCGGGGGGUGUCCCUCGUCUCUCCUACACCGGCCGGGACGACCGCCACUUCCUGCCCAAUGGCCUCUACAUCAUCAAGACCGUCAAUGACCCCUGGACGAUGGCGUACAGCAAGAACUCCAAGCGGAAGUUUUUCUACAACAAGCUGACGAAAGACUCCACCUAUGACCUCCCGCACAAUGCUGUGGCCCCCUUCCAUGUCUGCCACUUUGAGCGCUUGUUCUGGGCGUGGGAGGACGGGGUCAGAGUGCAUGACUCUCAGACUCGAGUGGACCCCGAGAAACUGUCCAAGGAGGACGUGCUGGCCUUCAUCCACCAGCACUACCAGCCCUGAAACACCAGGGCUGCUCUGAAAGACUGUCAGCCCCAUAAAUCCCCUGUUGUGUGGGGUGGAACCACCCAGCGAGGCCAGAGCAGCCUCCAGCGAUACUAAAAACCACAUCUCACCAUGUUAUGUUUAAGUCCUCUGUGUGUACUUCUAUUAUCCUUUUCUCCCCCUCCUCCCUAAAAAUCGAGCGUGGACUUUAACAGUCAUUCAACACUAGACUCUGACUAAACCGCUGCCCCCACCCCGACUCCCAACCCCCCUCCAACCCUGUCUGGCUGGAUAUGGGGAUAGGAUCUUACCCAUUAAUUCAUUCUGGGUGAACUGCUUUGCACUGAAACCCUGUGUAAUGAACAGAGGUAACUCCCAGUAUGUGUUAAACAUGUAUUAAAACCUGUAGCGGAUUAGUGCAUGCCUUUUGCGCCACGGGCAGCAGGCCACCAAACGUCCUUGCACCUCCGAUCAUCUUGAGUUUGUGUCACUGCCAGUCUCCUUCAGUCUGACACCGCUGCCCGCCUGAGGGGGGGUCGCUGAUACAAUGCUGAUACAUGCUUCACCCCCACAGAAAAGAUAGCAAUCAUGUUCAAAUGCAGAUAUAACAGCUAUUUUAGUGAUUCGCGCCAUGGCAUACAUCACAGAUAUCAACUGCUCUUUCAUCACGGGGCCGUGUGGCAUAAGUGAGUGAGUUGGAUCGGUAGCUGGCAUGUCCUAGAGGAGAUGUACUGAACGUCUGCUCCUGUGUCUUGUUUUUUUUCCUGCUGCCUCGUGUGGUCCUUUCACCCUGGUUUGGUUUUGUUUGUAAAUGUUGAAGAUGAAGUCUGGCGAAUCAGACGGUUCCUUUGUAUUUGAUAAAAAAAAAAAAACUGGCGAAACGGUGAAAUCCACAGAAGCGUUUCUGACCGUAAU